CAGUCAUUCAUACCGCACUUGUUUUUUGGCACGGAGAGGUUGUCUGUGUGUCACUCCUGCUGCCGAGGCUUCAAGAGUGAGAGGAACAAGAGGAAUAAGACAUAAUAAGUGAUAACAGGGAAAAGAAAAGAAAGGAAAAGAUAAAAGACACCGAAGAAUCAUUACAAUAAUUAAAGAAAGAAACAAAAAAAAGACAAGAUAAAAGAAAACAAGAAAAUUAAAACACUAAAGAAAAGAGAAAAGAAAGAAAAAGAAAGAACUGGAAGAAGGACAAAACAAGGAAAACAAAAGAUGAUCAAGAAAAUCUGCAAAAGAAUAAAAACGAACUAAAGAAAAAAAAAACAAUAAAAAAUAAGGAAAAUACAAGUAAGAAAAAACAAAGGAAUCCAAACCCACUUAAAGGAAUCAUAAGGAAUCCAACACCAUAUUACAUAAGGGAUUCCAAGAUGGCCCCGAGUAUAGAGGCAAAAAAAGCCGUGUUGUUCCACCUGCUCAACCUUAACCUGCUGAUGGACCUAGGCGUGGACCCCCCCCUCACCCCCUCACCCAGCACCCCCUCCCCUCAGGCCCCCUUAGAACAGUGCCACCUUCUGUACGGGCAGACGGCUUGCUUCUCCCUUCAGCCCCCCUGGGUAGGUCCCUCGCGCCCCGUGGUUCGAGCCCCGCAGUCCCCCGAGGAGAUAGGCACCACCUUCUCCCUCUUCACGCGCCAAAACUACAGUGUACCCGUGCCUCUCGAUCCCGGCCAGCUGAGUACCAUCGUGGGGGCGCCCUUUACCCCUGGCAGGCCCUUCAAGGUAGUGGUGCACGGCUAUCUCUCGCACGGGGGAGUGGCGUGGGCAAAGACGCUGAAGGGGGAGCUACUGCGGGCGGCGGACCAGAACGUCGUGGUGGUAGACUGGAGCGUAGGAUCCAUGCCGCCCUUCAGUCAGGCCGUGGCCAACCUCAGACUGGUCGGAGCGCAGCUGGCCUAUCUCAUCUACUCCCUGAACAUCUUCGCGGACGUCCCUAUCUCUGACUUUCACCUGAUCGGGCACAGUCUGGGCGCACACCUUAACGGGCAGGCGGGCAGCAUCCUGAAGCGAACUUACAGUCUCACCCUGCCACGCAUUACCGGCCUGGACCCCGCCGAGCCUUACUUCAAUGACACCAACCCCGUCACCCGCCUAGACACCUCUGACGCCACCUUUGUUGAUGUCAUUCACACUGAUGACGCUCCGAUUCUGGGCUUCCCACUGAGCCUGGGCAUGACGCAACCUAUUGGUCACCUGGAUUUCUACCCCAACGGCGGAACGCAGCCCGGAUGUGACAACGGGGCACCCAGCUGUCACCACACGCGGGCCAUCACCUACUUCACCGAAUCCAUCAGACAGUCCUGCCCCAUGCUCGCCGUUGUCUGCCCCUCCUACCAAGAGUUCAUUGACGGUGAGUGCUGGGGGUGUGACGCCAGCCAUCCCUGCUCCCCCAUGGGUCUGGCCGCCGCCCCCCUGCCCGUGCCCCACCAUACCUCCCUCUACCUCGAGACCCGUGCCCGGAGCCCCCACUGUGGGUACCACUACCGCAUCAGUGUGACCGCCAGCAACAGCACCGAGGCGAGGGACUACCAGGGAGAGUUCGCCAUCACCCACGUCAAGCUGGAGGGCCACAAGGACGUCUCACCCACCCUCAAACUCUCCAGCCAGUCCCAUUACUACGAGGCCGAUUCCACGCAUCGCCGAGUGGUCCUGACAAGAGACAUUGGGAGGCUGAAGCGGAUCACCCUGCACUUUGAGGAUCCGACCUGGCUGUUCCCGAGGUUCAAGAAAGCCGUGUUCAUUGAGUCUGUCACGGUGGAGCCUCUCGGAAAGGAUAUCAGGUGGAAGUUCUGCUUUGAAGUUCCCGUCCAGAAGUUCGACAAGGAUUACGUGUUGACCCAAAAGGACAUGAGGGACGUCUGUUAACCUGACCCGCAAUGACCUCUCCGCACUGCACCUGUAACCUGCUGAUCUGACCUGACCUCAAGUCGCCAUAAUCUAACUUGACCCUGAUGGAUUUUGUGUUGACCCAAAACAUGAAGAAAAACUGUUAACAUGACCAGCAAUGACCUCACCUCACCUAAAACCUGUUGAUCUGACCUUACCUCACCUCACCUUGAUCUAACUUAACGACUCUAGCGCCUCAACCUCUUCACGAUGAAAAGUGGGGACUGCGGGAGGACUGAUACAAGUCUUUAAGUACCUCAAGAAGUUCAGCAACGUCGAUUACUCCAAACUCUUCACGCUACAAACUAACCCGAGGACAAGAAACAACGGGAAAACAAUUGAAGCAAAGCGAUGCAGCACAGAUAUCAGCAGGAGCCACGAAGAGUCGCCCGCCACUGGAGCAGCCUUCCCGUAUAAGUAGUUAGUGCGGAAACGAUCAACUCUUUUAAGAAUCGCGUUUAGCGUCACUUUGCUGCGUCAGGAGUGAACGAAACCUACCCAUGAGAACGCACAGAAAUGCUUUAAUCUUCUACACAUGCCUGCCACUAAAUCAUUCAAGCAGGCAGCCUCGCAAUGAGCCAACAAGCUUUCUGAUGCCUGCUCGUCCAUGUUUCCCUGUGACGACCUGACCACCCAAACGAACCCUUCUUACCUAACCCCUCCCCAGAGUAAUCACCCCAUGUAUAAGAGGCGGGGUGUGUUGGGGUGUAGGGGGCGUGGGUGUGGGUGUGGGUUCACGUAAGGGUGUGGGUGUAUCUCUUCCAUGUUGCCAAAGAGACGGAGUUUAGUGUAGUGGCAAGGCGCCUUUUUUUAAAGUUUUUUAUACAUCUUGUGUGUAUAUAUAUUAUGUUUGUAUGCUUAGGUUUAAUUUUUAUCAUACCGCAUUGUUACUUUUUUUUUCUUCUUCCUCUCCCUUAUUCUCAUCAUUUCCCUCCUCCUCUUCCUCCUCCUCCCCUCCCAUCGCUUCCCCAAUCACCAUCUCUUCCUCCACCACCACCACCAUCACCACCAUCGUUGUUUCUAUACAUUUCAUCUAUCCUUGUUUUGUGUGUAUCUUUUAAAGUUUCGUGUACACAUUUUGGUGUACACAUGUUUGGGACAUACAUGACAGAAAGCGAAUUUGUACAUAAACUGUAAAUAUUAGUUAUAGAUAUUUUUUGUAUGUGUAAUCAGAAAAUAUGUAAUAAUAAAUAUGAUAAUUGUAAUAA